AUGGACAAGGCUCAAGCGUCACCACGACUGCCUCCCAACCUGCCCCAACACCUGCCUCGUGCCUGUGGGGUCAUCAGCCCGUCCCCAACUUCCUCAUCACAACUGCCUCCUUUGUCUCCCACUGCCACUCCUUCUCCCAGUAUCCGUCCUACAAACUUGGACGAAUUGCUCGACGACUGUUUCCAGAUCUCCAUAGGCCAGCAACAUUUGAUUUGUCAGUCUCGCUUGAAGUAUGCCACGAGCUUCGACAAGUAUUUGACCUCGCUACAUUGCCAUGAAAACUUGGCUUUUUUGAUGGAAAUCUUCAAGUACGAGUACUUUUACGAUAAAAUCUUCCCAGAAAACAUUCUCCAAGCCCGCACUCGUUUGGGCCUGGCUCUCAACUCCACAGCCACUUCAUCCAGUGUCCUCAACUCAAGCCUACCGUCUGCUAUCGAUUUGCUUCCGUUUCCCACGAAAGAUAUGCGUAGGAAAAGCAGAAGAAGCUCUCGUGGAGACUCGCGAAGCCGUGCAUCGCUGGUUCUGGAAUCUCCUUCCGAGCCAAACGUCUUUGACUUCGGCUUUGAAGAGAACUUUGCUCACGAAAACGUCUGGGACAAGCUCAAGGACCAGCACGUCGAUAGCAGCGAUCUGGAGCUUGAGCUGGACUCAGACUCGGAAGUUGACAACAAUGCUCUUUUACUAGAUCAGUGGGCCUACAUCAUGGCAACCUUUGUAUAUGAGGAUUCGCCACAACAGCUUAAUUUGGCCAACGCUACAGUUAAAGAGCUUCUCGACAAGGAUGCUCAGGACACCAUUCAUAAGCCUGCCGUCUUAAUUGACGCCAAGCAGGAGAUUAUCCAGCUUCUUCGCGAGAAUGUUUACGGCUCCUUCCUUUCACAGCAUAAGUCCAGGUCGGACUCUAGAACCACUUCCGCUGCAGGCUCUGCUUCGGUCUCCCGUGCUCAUAGCAGACCUCAGAGUCCUCCUUCAGAAGAUGCUAGUUUUGUUUGUUCCGCAUCGAAUUGCUGCCAGCUUUCUGGAACCAGGUUAUUUUCUGCUGGAUCCCUGGCUGCUGUUUCGUUGUCUCAUACCCCAGUUAACACCCCAGGACCAAAAGGAAAUCUGAAAUGCCACUCUCCAUCUCCACUCCAUCAUCCUUUGGCUUUGAAGAAGACAAUUCUGCCAGGAAGUCCCUUGGUGGAACCACGGAAUUCGGUUUCCGACCUUCAUCACGAAGUCGUUUCGCCUGUCCCCGUGGUUAAAAGAAAAACCCCCAAGUUCUUCCCACACAUCGGCAGCAGUACUCCUUCGGACUCCAGUGGCUCGGAUUUCUCCCUUUCCAGCAUCAUCUCGCAUUUCAAGUCCACUGACCCUGGUACUCCUAAAAAUUCACGCAGCAUCACCACCUCGCAUCCGCAAACACCGUCAGCACUUUCUUCCGGCCUCACACUGCCUGUUUUAAGUGAGUCUGACCAUUUGCGGCCAUCGUCAACCCUGGAAGGCGCCGCUCCUAGCCUGAGUCACUCCCACCGAUUGGGUAAACUCUGGAGACGCCGCAAGUAA